AUGGAAAAUGUGUAUCCACACUUUGCAAGAACCGUUUGCAAAGAGGUACGUGACAUUAUGGGAAGCAGCAUUGACGGCAUAAAACUUGUUCUGAAUGAUGCAGACUUUAGUGUUAUACAGGCCACAAUUGAUGGACCGAAAGACACGCCUUUUGAAGGGGGACGUUUUAAUAUAAAAUUGGUUCUUCCUAGCAAUUAUCCUAUCGAACCUCCACGAGGUUACUUUACGACUAAAAUUUUCCAUCCUAACAUAAAUUGGCACACUGGAGAUAUAUGUGUCGACACAUUAAAGAAGGAAUGGAGGCCAGAUUUGGGUCUACGACACAUUUUGGUGACUAUCCGCUGCCUGCUAAUAGCUCCUAAUCCGGAGUCGGCUCUUAAUGAGGAGGCGGGGAAAUUGUUGUUGGAAGAUUAUAAUGAAUACACCAAACAGGCUCGGCUGUUCACUGAGGUUCAUGCGCUUGUAUCCGAUGCUACAAAGAAGAGCAGUGUAGAGGGCGAGGCAGCGUCAUCCGCACUUCGUGAUUCUAACGGCCAGUCUAAUGCGAAACUGAAGAAGAGCAUGAAAGCUCAAAAGAAGGUAUCCGUCGCUAGGAAGAUGAUACGACGCCUAUAA